AUGAACACACUGAACGCCUUAUCACUAAACAAUACACGUCGUGCCGAAAAUCUAAUCAUUGUUUUUAAUCGCGUACCGAAAGUUGGGUCACAAACAUUCAUGGAACUGUUGCGUCGUUUAGCUGAGAGGAAUAAUUUUGAAUUUCAUCGAGAUUCAGUUCAACGGAUUGAAACGAUUCGAUUAAAGCCGAGUCAUCAACAAGAGCUUGCUGAAACGAUAUCAGCACUUCCUGUACCUUCAGCUUACACGAAGCAUGUUUGUUUCACAAACUUUACUAAGUUUAACCUUCCAAGGCCGAUUUAUGUGAAUUUAGUUCGAGAUCCAGUCGAGAGAAUUAUUUCGUGGUUUUAUUACAUCAGAGCGCCGUGGUAUUACGUUGAGAGAAAGCAAGCUUUUCCCGAUCUUCCAUUACCCGAUUCUCGAUGGCUUCGUAAAGAUUUUCAGGAAUGUGUGCUGAAAGGCGACCCUGAGUGCACAUACACUCAGGGAGCAACCCAUGAAGGAAUAGGCGACCAUAGACGCCAGACGUUAUUCUUUUGUGGUCAUGAAGAUGAGUGCACGCCAUUCAACUCUGAGUCUGCACUAGAGCGUGCGAAGUACGCUGUCGAGACACAAUACUCUGUUGUGGGUAUUCUUGAGGACAUGGAUACAACUUUAACUGUCUUUGAAAAAUAUAUUCCGCAAUUUUUUGCGGGAGCAUCAGAAAUUUAUCACAACGAAAUUCAAAAGUUCAACAAAAUCAACAAGAACAGCUUUAAGUCACCGGUUAGUGAAGAAGUUAAAAAUCUCUUGAGACAAAAUUUCUCCCGUGAAAUUGAGUUUUAUAACUUUUGCAAACAACGUCUACACACACAAUUUCUCGCUGCAAAUUUGAUGGACCUAAACUGAACAACUCAUCUGAAGCGAAACUUUUGUGUUUGAGAAAGAAAAAAAAUAAAGAAAAGAAAAAAGCUCGCUAAACUUUCUUCAAAACAUGAUUCUCUUUUUUUUUCUUUCUACACACAGC